UGCCGUGUACCCCUGCACAGAUCUCCUCUAUGGUGGACUGUCAGACCAAUGCUCUGACUGUGUUCUGGUCCAAUAGCUCAGGAGCUGACUCCUACAUCGCUACAGUGCAGGACAGCCACGGUCUGGCCACCACCUGUCAGGGCACAACGACAGGUUCGUGCAGUGUGACGGGACUCAGCUGCGGUCAGAUCUACCAUAUCUCAGUGGUCUCCUCUGAUGGACACUGCAACAGCACGCCCACUCCUGUGGCUGACACACCCUCAGCCCCCUGUCAAACACGAAAUGUCGGGAUAGUGUACGACUGCAACACGCAGAUCGCCACGGUGUGGUGGACCCCCACUGCUGGAGCUUGGUUGUACUCUGUGACACUCAAAGCAGCAUCAGGCUACACCGUCAUCUGUGAGACCAGCUUCUCCUACUGUGAAAUAGAUUAUCUGCUCUGCGGUCGUAACUACUCUGUGUCUGUUCAAGCUUGGGGAUGGACAUGCAGCGCCACCACUUACUUGCACCAACAACUGGCCACUG